AUGAAGUAUUUACUUGUUUGCUUAUUUCUAACUCUGUGCAGUCAGAGCCUCUCGCUUAACUGUAGAUGGUUGGAUCAAAAGUUCAAAGAAACAAAUGCAAUCUCUUUGGGGCUUUUGCACGUCAUGGGUGGAGAUUUUACAGAGGAGGAGAUGAGGAACAUUCCAGUCUUUCCAGAGGGCUUGUACACACAAACGUCUAACUCAGCAGGUGAUGAUAAGGCUUGGUUUAUGCUUCAAGUUCUUGAGGAGAUCAUGGAGUUGUUCAAUGAAGACCUUGACUCCGUUACUUGGGAGGAAAUUAGACUGGAACAUUUCCUCUCUGUUUUGGAUACACAGAAAGAGGGUCUGAAGUCAUGUAUCGUGACCAGGAAGAAGAAGAGCAAGAAACUGCAAAUGUACUUCAAGAGACAAAACCAUAUCCUGAAAGACAUGGGUUACAGUGCUAAAGCAUGGGAGCUGAUCAGGAAGGUAGUCAGAAGACACUUGAACAGACUGGAUGUCAUUUAA